AAACCUGUGCAUAUUCUCUUUAUAACAUUUUCUCACUCCGAGAGAUAUACAAUUUCACAAGCGCACACAACCAGAACGAGAUCGGAUUGAAAAUCUUCAAAAACCCUGAAAGAUUGUGAAUUAAAAAUGAAAGGUGGGGUUGUUAUUGAAGAAGGAUUCUUAUACGGAGAAGAAACCCAUCUCACCGUUUUCAAAACCUCUCUUUCCUUCUCUAGCGAUGGCUUCGCUGUCUAUGAUUGCAAAGGAGACCUCGUCUUCCGAGUCGACUCGUAUAGACCCGACACUCACGACAGGGCUGAACUCGUCCUCAUGGACGCUUCUGGCAGGUGCCUCCUCACUGUCCGCCGAAAGCAGAGGCUGAGUCUGCAUCACCGGUGGGAAGGUUUCGUGGGAGAGAGAACGGACGGUCAGAAACCGAUCUUCAGCGUGAAGAGGUCGUCAAUAAUCGGACAUUCGAGUUUGACAGUGGAGGUGAACGAUAAUCCGGAGGAGUACCAGAUCGAAGGGUCGUUCGCGCAGCGAUGUUGCACGAUCUUGGAUGGAAAGCAGCAAUCGGUGGCUGAGAUUAAACGGAAAGUGGAUGCUUCGACGAAUGUGGUGCUUGGGAAAGACGUAAUCUCUCUUUUGGUCAAGCCUGGCUUUGAUGGUUGCUUUGCCGUGGCAUUAGUGUUGGUUAUUGAUCAGAUCAACGGUGAUGAUUUUGAUGAGGGUGCUAGGGUUGAGGUGGUGGACCCACUUCUUGUGAAUUCAAAUAUAUCUUCCAGUGAGUAAGUAAAUGAAAAAAUUUGGCAAACCUACUGGUUCAAAUCAAUCCAAUAAGUCUGGUUUCAUUUUUUUAAUUCGUGAUUUGGUACUGAUUUACAAAAUUGAGAAAUCAAUAUUUGUGAAUCGAUUUCGAAUUUAGGUUUGUAGUUCUGAAUUUAAACUGAGCUGAACUAUAUAAUUUAAACUAUAUACAUUUAUUUGUUAGAUAUUAUUAUUUGUUUAAGUUAA